AUGGGGGACCAACCUUGCGCCUCUGGGAGAUCCACAUUCCCACUUGAAAACACUGGAGAAGCUAAACCUCCGAAAAAGCACUGUCUCUUUGCUCCCAGGAGGGUUUAUCCUGAAUUUGGAACCCCCAACAGGGGUUGUGCCCCUCUCCUCUCUGCACCUCCUCCAGAGUCACCAGUGCUGAAGUCGAACCCACCUCGGGAGAAGUAUUAG